CGCAAAGGCUAAGAGGGAAAAUGUUGCAUAUCUGACUCUGAGAUGUAACUGCUUUUUAUCACAUUUAAAAAAAGAGUUUAGGGAUGUAUGUAUAUAUCGCAAAUAUGAACUCUGAAUUGUGAGAUUUGAAAGUCACAGUUACCUUUGUGUGCUUUCUGUUCUGUUGCAUUAAACGAUCCCAUACACAUCACCUUUUUAAAUAUAUUUUUUCCAAACUCCAAGUGAUAGUGUGGUUCCCUUUAAGUAGACUGUCGUAAUAUUACGUAUCUGCUUUCAUCUCGAUGCUCGUCCUCCCUCAAGCAAGCUGUCAAACAGAGCUCUCGCGCCAGAAUCAUCAUCAUUAUCAUCAUCUGCAGCUCCGCCCCGUCGACUCGCGCUCGCGAGCAGCGGAGCACCGCUGUGGUGGAGUCCUUGACGGGGACGAGCACCCGGGUAAACACGACAAAACACCGCUGUUUACAUGAAGACAAGCUGAUUCUCGCUGGAAGGCUGCAACCAGUCUGGCUGCAGCUGAGCAUUUCCUGCUGUGUUGACAGAGAGGAAGAGGAAGAAGACAGAUCCAGCUGAAGAAGGAGAAGGAGCGUAGACGACUGCUGACUCCAUGUCUUCGCCUUCAAAUAAAAGAUCUGGUUCUGGAUCACGCAAAUUCAACCUGCUGAAGGCCCUGCAGCCUAAGCACCGCUUGCAACAAAUGCUGUCAUCUCCCACUGCGUCCCCCGUUUUUGACUAUUGCAGGUUUAUAGAGCUAGACUACACACCCAUGGAGUCAGGCAUUAUGGUCUCUAUGAGACAGAGCAGAGGAUUUCUGACACCAAAGUCCCCGGAACGCCACUGUCGACGGAGUCCAGCACCUGUCAGUAACCGUGAUCCCUAUGGAAAUGCCUCUCUCAGCAGCAGUAGCAAUUCAGGGUCAUGCAAGGGCAGUGAUGGAAGCCCAACCCAUAGGCGUCACAUAAAAUACACCUCCUGCAAUGAUAACCAUGGCAUUCGACCUCCUCCUCCUGAGCAAUACCUCACCCCACUGCAACAGAAAGAGGUGUGCAUCAGGCACCUGAGAGCACGGCUUAAAGAGACCAUCGAAAGACUGCAGGACAGGGACUCUGAGAUCGAUGAGUUGCGUACUCAGCUGACUCGUAUGCAAGAGGACUGGAUUGAAGAGGAAUGCCACCGUGUGGAGGCCCAGCUGGCUCUGAAGGAGGCCCGCAGGGAGAUUCACCAGCUUAAAGAAGUUGUUGAUGUUGUCAAAUCCAGUCUGGGAGAUACUGACACAGGGGUGCAGAAGGGCUUCCAAGAUAUAAACCUACAGAACCACAAACUGGAGUCUUUAUUGCAAAGCAUGGAGUUGGCUCAGAUCGGCACUACCAAAACAGGAGAAGCCCUAGCAGGUGGAGGAUUGGUGGGGGCAGGGCUGGAGGUCAGCGAGGGCCUGGCGGGGUCUUCCGAAGGCUCCCCAGCUCGCUCGCUUACCCGCAGCUCUACCUACACCAAGUUGAGUGAUCAAGGUGGCCCGGAACGUGAGAGUAAUGAAAACGGGUGUGACAUUCCAUGUUUGUCAGGCGAGGGCACGCAAGACAGCGGGUUUGUUUGCUGUGGAGAGAGUGGGAGAGGAGCCAGCAAGGCAGAUUUGCUCCUGGAGGCUGCAUUUCUGUCUCAAGAGACAGCCUCGCUGCUCAAUGCGUACUCCCGCCUGCCGCAUUCCUCCACCUAUGAAGGACUGUGCAGCAGUGAGCCGAGAGUUGUGCCACUCCGCUGCAGUAGUAUCGGGGCGGGGGCCAGUGUUAGUUUAAGCCAUCCCUGUCUGUCACAUCAUCACUUAUAUCUUCACCACCUUCGUGAGCAAGGCAUUCAAACUGAAUAUGACCAUGCCCCAGCUUCUGCUCCUGCCCAUGGUCCUAGUACAUCUUUUAACUCUGAUCUGGACACUAUUGCUGAGCGCACGUUCCGCUCUCAGGCCUGCAGUCCAACCUCCACAUGGAUGUCUGAUGAAGGAGAUGAUCUGGAGUCAGCAGCCACAGAAUCAGCUAUUACAGCAACAGCUGCUACAACUUCUGUUGUUGCAGACUUUUCCACCAAGUCCGCACCAGUAGCAAUGGAGAAUUGGAUGCCAACUGCAUCUGAUUCCAAAGGAGCUGCAACUUUUCCAUUGAUGCCUAUUGAUUCCCCUGACAAGGAGACUAGUUUUUCAGAGCCCCUUACAGACUUGCCAAUCAGCACGACAGCUAUGACCACAGAGACCAUUGGAUCACCAGUAACCAACUCAACUGUUCAACCACAACCUAUAACAGACCCUUUGCCAAACCCUGGCACAUCCCCUUGCUCUAUGCAGCCCUUGGUGGGGACAGAGGAGGACUCCCUUCCUCAGACCACUCAGCCUCAUAGUGUAUUAACAGAGACUGUGGUUCCAGGGGAUAAUGUGAUAAAUAUAGGCGCAGAUGAUGAAGAUGAGGGGGAUGAAGGUGCAACGAACACAGAUUCCAAAUCAUCUGGCUGUGGUUUACCAGUCAAGAACUACUGGAGUCGGCACUUCCUAGUGGAUUUGCUUGCUGUGGUCGUGCCAGUGGUUCCCACCGUGGCAUGGUUCUGUCGGGGUCCACAUCGUGAUGGUCAGCCAAUUUACCAUAUUGGUUCUCUUUUGCGUGGUUGCUGCACCGUGGCCCUCCAUUCACUUCGUCGAGGAGGUGGCCUUCGCCACUACCCUGCAGGAGGAGGUGGUCCAGGGGGAAUGAAUAUAUGAGACAUUCUCUUUCUUGCAAAGCCCUAAAACCAGUGACAUCACUGUUCCUCUGUCAGAUGUGCUAUUAGAGUCUGGUUAAAACAUGCAAAAUAUUGUUUGAAGCAGGGAUUGUGUCUGAGCACAGGCCCUUAAAGAUGUAGUUCUCUUUGGUCUAUGUUCAAGAGGAGCUAAGAAUAAGAAAGGAGAAACAUUAGCAUGUAUUUACACCAAGAUUGAGGCUCCAUGUGAGCUUUCACCUUUCUUCACAUUUGUUCCCUUAAGUAAAGAGGUGAGUUUAAGAGUUCUCAGUGAUGGAUGUGAUGUGGAUGGUUGCACUGAUAUUGCUGAAUGAGUGACACUCAAACAUCCCCUUUAACAUGAUUGCAUUACCCUUAUUUUGAGUGACGAGACGCAAUAAGUGAUAGGAUGAAUCUGUCUAUUUGAGUGUCCGUCCCAACUUCACGUGGAGGAUGUGUGUGCUGAGUGUGUAUUGGUUUAUCUGAGAGAGUGUUUGUGUUAUUUGUGUAAUGUACAGUGCAGCCAAAGUAUCUGGAUUACUAAUGGCCAUCAUUGUUGUUGCUGUGAGUGCAGUAGUUAGCUGUCCCAUUAUUCAUGCCUGUUUGGCACAGAGCAGCCAUCAUUUCCCCUUAAGGAGCCGGGCAAGCGCCUGCAGAGCUAUUUAUAUGCUUUGAAUAUACCACUAGUGUCCUAGAUAAGUGCUGUCACAAAAUGAAACGUAGUCCAUCUGGAGUCUUUCAGAAGAUGUACUCAUUAUUUUAGGCUCAGUUCAUUGGCAAUAUUUGAUGGUUUUGAAAUGCUGUACAAGUUGAAUGCUGAAAUAUUUAUCUAAAGUAUAUAUUAUAAUAGGAUAAUACUAACAUUAUGAAGGAUUCAGCAUUUAUACAAUGAUCAGGGUUGAAUGACUUUUAUAGAAUCAUCAUAGAAGCUUUUUCACCAGAAAAUAAUUAGAUUUUGUUUCACUGUGUGACCAUUAAAUAUUGUCACGUUAGCCAAAUGUUUUUGGAUAAAGGCUAAGCUUUAAUACGGUCACGUUCACUACACUGGGUUAGAUAAUUACAAAUUACAAGAGGUAUAAUUACAAACUAUAAUUGUGUAAUUACCCACUUAUAAUUUUACCUGUUAUUAUCUAUACAUAAUGUCAAAUCUGACCUUAAUUUAGCUUUCCUCCAUGCUAAUCAAAUCAUUGGUAUGCUAAAAUUCUAAUUAACUAUUUUAUUUUUGCAAUGUAGUAUAUAGUUCACAAUAUGUGAAGAGUUCAAAUGCAAAACCCUCUAAGUGCCAUCUGAAAUUUUCCUCUAAAAUGAGUAUUUUUCAUGCAUUUGUCCUAUUUGAUUGGCCACACACUUUAAAUUAUUCAUCCUUAUGUUGGGUCCAAUUUGCACCCUGCAGCGAUUGAGAAAGUAAAUUUACUUUACAGUCCCAACUCUUGAUCAGUCCAGCCGAUUUGAAUGUUAUCACUUGAUUGAAUGA